AUGGAGGUGGAGGAGCGCGAGGCGUGGGCGCGCGGGCUUCCCGUGGUGCAGGAGCGCGUGCCGUACUCGCAGGUGGUGGCGCUGAAGAAGGCGAACGAGCUUAAACACAUCAUCAAACACCCGCAGUCAGCGCUCCAGGCGGAACCUGAGCGAGUGUUCCUAGUGCUAAAGGACGACCGCGUGGGCGAGGGGAAGGGCGAGGGCGAGGGGGAGAAGGUGGAGGAGGAGAAGAAUCAGGCGAUUCUGGCUGGCAUGCGGUUCAUGCGGUCUGGGGCUAAAGUGCGGCGCGCUCGCAAGGGCAAGCGCACACGUCGCCCCACCUACCUAGAUCUCAGUGCGGAGGUCAAGUUCUCAGAUGUAGCAGGACUUGGUGAGAUCAGGCGCGAGCUGGAGGAGGUGGUGGAGUUCUUCCAGUCAGCGGAGAAGUACCGCCGCCGCGGCUCCAAGAUCCCCUCGGGCAUCCUGCUGUGCGGCGAGCCGGGCAGCGGGAAGACGCUGCUGGCGAAGGCGGUGGCAGGGGAGGCGGGAGUGAGCUUCUUCUCGGUGUCGGCGAGUCAGUUCGUGGAGAUCUUCGUGGGCGUGGGGGCCAGCAGGGUGCGCGCGCUGUACAAUGAAGCAAGAGAAAAUGCGCCCUCGGUGGUUUUUAUUGACGAGCUGGAUGCGGUGGGAAGGCAGAGGGGGCUGACUGAGGGCUCGGGCGGGCAAGAAAGGGACGCUACGCUAAAUCAGCUGCUGACGUGUCUGGAUGGCUUUGAGGGCAGAGGUGAUGUCAUUACCAUAGCAGCCACCAAUCGACCGGAUAUUUUGGACGCUGCCCUGGUGCGGCCGGGCAGGUUCGACCGAAAGAUUUACAUCCCCAAGCCUAGCCUCAAGGGGCGCGCUCAGAUUCUUGAGGUGCACAGUCGCAACAAGGUGUUGGAUGAUGACGUGGACUUUGAGGCGGUGGCGCAGGUGACAGAUGGCAUGUCGGGCGCUGAGCUGGCGAACGUGGUUGACGUGGCGGCCCUCAGAGUGCUGCGGGAAAACCGAUCCGAGAUCACAACGGACGACAUGCUCCAAGCGGCCAUGCUGGAGGAGGGGGGGUACCCCUCGCCCCACGAGGGCAGUCCAAUCAGGCAGCGCCAGCUGGCACUCAAUGAGGCGGCGCUGGCCGUGGUGGCGUUCAACUUCCGCGACUUCCAGAACAUCCAGCUGAUCACGGUGGUGCCGCGAAUGACGGAGGAGAAAGGUUCAGUGCGGUACAAGCUGGUGGACACGCAGAAGAUGAAGGCCAACUUCAUCUCCGCCUCGUGCCUUCGGGACUUCAUCACCGUUCAGCUGGCGCCCAUGGUGGCCGAUGAGAUGUGGAAUGGGGCCGAGGAGACGUGCACCAUCUGGGCGGACCACGCUGACGUGGCGCGCCGCACAGCGCGCCAGGUGGCACUCAACGGUUUGUCGGCGCCGAGUGAGGAGGGAGCGCUGUACGGCAUCGGUGUGGCGGCGGUGGAUGCACCGUGGCGCCGCGAGGCCGUUGAUGCCGACGCCUCCCGCAUCCUCGAGGAGUGCCGCACCCGCGCCGCUCAGAUCCUGCGCCGAAACCGCAGUCUGGUGGACGCACUAGUGGAGAAGCUGAUGGAGGAGAAGGCGAUGGGCGGCGAGGAGUUUGCCAGCCUGGCGCGGCAGUACGGGUCGUUUGACACGCCGCCGCCCUCCCCGGUGGAGAUGCGGGACCGCCAGCUGGCACGCUUCCGAGAGGCCAUGAUGGCCGGCCACAAGGACCGGGCGGCUCAAGUGCUGCUGGCUGACCCUGUUGCUGUGGAGUGA